AUGUCCUCACCUAGCAUACACCUCGCAGUCAUCGGUGUCGGCGGUGUCGGCACCUGUUUUCUGUCUCAACUCUCCUCGCUUCCCUCUCGGCUGCGCCCCACACUAAUCUUUCUCUCCCGCUCCUCGAAACAACUCUACAAUACAUCUUACUCCCCUGUCUCUCCGUCCGACUUACAAUCAUCGUCCUCGCAAAUUCUCUCCAUUCCCGAUGAACUUGUCAAAUAUCUCUCGUCCGCCCCUGGAAAAGUCAUCCUCGUCGACAACACUUCGUCUCAGGAUGUCGCGAACGCUUACCCCUCCUUCCUGCGCACAGAAAUAAGUGUAGUGACACCGAACAAGAAGGCCUUCUCCAGCAGCUUACAGCUCUGGAACGAUAUCUUCUCGGCAGUCGACCAGGCGAAUGGACAAGCAAUGGUCUACCAUGAAUCCAGCGUGGGUGCAGGUCUUCCCGUGAUAUCUACACUAAAAGAUCUGGUUGCGACGGGCGACCAAGUCACACGCAUUGAAGGUGUAUUUUCAGGAACCAUGUCGUUCCUGUUCAACUCUUUUGCUCCUGCCGACGGGUCUGGGAAAGGGAAAUGGUCGGAGAUUGUAAAACAGGCCAAAGAGGCAGGGUAUACGGAGCCAGACCCGAGGGACGAUCUGAACGGGAUGGACGUCGCGAGGAAGCUCACCAUCCUCGCGCGUUUGGCAGGGUUGAAAGUCCAAGGACCGGACUCUUUCCCCGUCCAGAGUCUCAUCCCGAAGGAACUAGAGUCCGCGGAGUCAAGCGACGAGUUCAUGACCCGUUUACCUGAAUUUGACGAGCAGAUGGAAUCGUAUAAGUCCCAAGCUGCCGCUCAAAACAAGGUUGUGCGAUACGUCGGCUCGGUGGAUGUGGGCAAGGGAGAAGUGAAGGUGGGAUUGGAAAUGGUGGAGAAGGGGACGCCAAUUGCAGGCCUGAGGGGCAGUGACAAUUUGAUUUGCUUCUAUACCAAACGGUACGGCGCGAAUCCGUUGGUCAUCCAAGGGGCCGGAGCAGGUGGCGAGGUCACCGCGAUGGGUGUCACGGCAGAUCUGAUCAAGGUGGUUGAGCGAUUGGCAUAA